AUGAUAAAGAGCGUGUUGAUUGGAAUUUUGUGUGGCGCAGCCGUGCUGACUGCUGGAAUCCUGAUCGGACACUAUGGCAUAGACAAGAGUAGCGGUUCUGCGCCAGCCUGGGUGAAAGAUGUGUCCCAGGAUAUCGACGAAAGGCUGCUUGAGGAGAUCUUGUCCGAGGUGGAUAACGUCCACAUUCAGGAAAACCUCAGGGAGUUGACCAAAGUGCCUCACAUGGCCACCACAGACGGAGAUGAGCAAACGGUGCAGCUGAUGCUGGAAAGAUGGCAGGAUCCUGAAAGCGGUCUGGACCAGGCUUGGAGGGAGGAACACAUGGUCUACCUUUCCUUUCCUGACCCUGACAGGCCCAACAAGGUCACUGUGGUGAACUCAUCCAACACCGUGCUGCAUAUGGUCAGAGAGAAAGAGAAGGCUUACACUCCGGACCAGAUGGAUCCUGCUGUGGUUCAACCUUAUGCUGCAUACUCUCCUGCUGGGAAAGUGCAGGGCAAACUUGUGUAUGCCAACUACGGGACAGUAGGUGACUACCUCCUGCUGAGCCGGACAGUAGCCCUCAAAGGCACCAUCGCCAUCACAAGAUACGGUGGAGCAGGGAGAGCAGACAAAGCCAUCAAUGCAGCCCCUCAUGGUAUCCUUGGCGUACUCGUCUACACGGACCCAUUGGACAUUAACGACAGCUUCAUGUCUGACACCAAUGAGACAUAUCCACAUUCCUGGUACAUGCCCCCUUCAGGCGUGGAGAGAGGCUCGUUUGUUUCUACCUAUGGAGACCUGCUCACUCCAUACCUGGCUGCCAAAGAAGAAACUUACCGAAUUCCAGUGAAGGACAUUACUGGGGUUCCUCCAAUUCCUAUUCAACCCAUCGGCUUUGAGGAUGCCUACGUGUUAAUCUGUGAGCUGGGUGGAAAACAAAGUCUCCAAGAAUGGCAAGGAGGUUUUAACUGCACGUACAACUUUGGUGGUCCAGGCUUUCGACCCUCUUCUGCCUUCCACAGCAGUGACGUUAAGAUGGACAUAUUCAACUAUGGGAAGGUGAAGAACUCCUCUAAUGUGAUGGGAGUCAUCAGGGGGAGCGUGGAACCUGACAGAUAUGUGAUAUAUGGGAACCACAGAGACAGUUGGGUUCACGGCGCCAUCGACCCGAGCAGCGGGACGUCCGUCAUGCUGGAGCUGACGCGCGUGCUUGGCAUGAUGGUCAAGCAAGGCAAAUGGAGGCCUCGUAGGUCCAUUAUAUUUGGAAGCUGGGGUGCUGAGGAGUUUGGCCUCAUUGGGUCUACAGAAUACACAGAGCAAUACUUCACUAAGCUCAGUGAACGCACCGUGGCUUACAUCAAUGUGGAUAUUGCCGUUCAAGGCAAUGUUUCUCUGCAAGCAUCAGGAAUGCCAUCGCUACAGAACGUCAUCUUCAAAGCUGCUAAACAGGUCAAGGCUCCUGGAGUGGAUUCAAUGUCUGUGUAUGACAAGUGGCUCCAGUAUUCUAACAGAACAAGCCCGGUCUAUGGACCCAUUCCCAGAAUGGGAUACCUGACAGGAGCCGGGAGUGAUUAUGCUCCUUUCGUCCAUUACUUGGGAAUCACUUCCUUGGAUAUUUCAUACACUUUUGACAGGUCUAAAACGAAAGCCAGGAUUUACCCUGCGUACCACACUGCAUACGACACGUUCGACUAUUCCUCCAAGUUCAUUGAUCCUGGGUUCUACACCCACCAAGCCAUCACCAAAACUGCCGGCAGCAUCCUGGUGCAACUGGCUGACAGUCUGGUGUUGCCGAUAAAUUGCAGCGAUUACGCGGAAAGUCUGGAGGACUACCUUAGGUGGGCUGUGAUGCUGUAUGAAAACAACCUCCUUGCUAUGAAUAUCUCCAUGGAACCACUCAAACGUGCAGUGACCAGCUUCCGCAGUGCAGCUACCCACUUAGAACAAGUCAUUCGAAGCUCAGAUCUGGCAAAUGAAACGCCACUGAAGGUGCGAAAGAUCAAUGACCAGCUCAUGCUGCUGGACCGCGCUUUUUUGAACCCUCCCGCCUUCCCAAGUCAAUAUAGACAUGUCAUCUGGGCACCAAUCGAAAUCAGCUUCCAGACCUUCCCCGGUUUGAGCGACACCUACUUAAGAGCCAUGUCGUCUGGAAAAGCCAGCGCCUGGGCCAAAGUGCAUCAGCUCGUGUCGGUCAUGAGCCAGGCCAUCGAGGGUGCCGCCAGCAUGCUGUUCGACGUCAUAUAGACGACAUUAAAGACUAAUAUUACUGCAUAAUAACCACAUUAACCAACACAUUUUCUAACUGCUACUUUCUGUAUACACGUGAAAGGUUUAGGAAUUUAUUGUCAUUUGAGUGGACAUUUUUAAAUGUGAAGAAUCAUUUUAUUCAAACUUUUGAUGAAUACUUAAGUGUCUAUGAGCAA